CCCACCCGGGUAGGCCGAGUGGGAGGUCACGUGGCCCGCGAGGGGCGGUUGCUGCCGCGGAGCUUGUUGUUGGAGGGGCGGGGGAGGCGGUGUGGUUCUCCUCACGGGGCCCGCCGGCGGCAUGCAGAACGUCAUCAACACGGUGAAGGGGAAAGCCCUGGAAGUGGCCGAGUACCUCACGCCCGUGCUCAAGGAGUCCAAGUUUAAAGAAACUGGAGUAAUUACACCUGAAGAAUUUGUUGCAGCUGGAGAUCAUUUAGUUCACCACUGUCCUACUUGGCAAUGGGCUUCAGGAGAAGAACUAAAAGUCAAGGCUUAUCUGCCAACAGACAAACAGUUUUUGGUAACUAAAAAUGUGCCGUGCUACAAAAGGUGUAAGCAGAUGGAGUACUCAGAUGAGCAGGAAGCAAUUAUAGAAGAAGAUGAUGGUGAUGGGGGAUGGGUAGACACUUUUCACAAUGCAGGUGUAGCAGGUGCAACAGAAGCAGUUAAGGAGCUCACACUAGACAGUAAGGAUAACAUAAAAAUACCAGAACGUUCAGCAUCUUAUGAAGAUGAUGAUGAGGAAGAUGAAGGAGAAGCUGCAGACAUGGAAGAGUAUGAAGAAAGUGGGCUAUUGGAGACAGAUGAUGCAACACUUGACACAAGACAGAUUGUAGAAGCUAACAAAGCUAAAGUUGAUGUUGGAGGGGAAGAUGCUAUUCUACAGACUAGAACUUACGACCUCUACAUCACCUACGACAAAUACUACCAAACUCCAAGGCUUUGGUUGUUUGGAUAUGAUGAGCAACGGCAGCCUUUAACAGUAGAGCAUAUGUAUGAAGAUAUUAGUCAAGAUCAUGUCAAGAAAACAGUGACCAUUGAAAACCAUCCUCAUCUUCCUCCACCUCCCAUGUGCUCAGUUCAUCCAUGCAGGCAUGCAGAAGUGAUGAAGAAAAUAAUUGAGACUGUUGCAGAAGGUGGGGGAGAACUUGGAGUUCACAUGUAUCUUCUUAUUUUCUUGAAAUUUGUACAGGCGGUCAUUCCAACGAUAGAAUAUGACUACACGAGGCACUUUACCAUGUAACUAAAAUGAGAGAUGUUCUCCUCUAAUAAAUCUUUUUUUAAGUAACCUA